CCAGAUGCUAGGGCUUCGAAAUGUGUCUCGCAGUUCACAGAUUAUGCAGUGGCACGUAGGUUUGGAUGCCUGAGCAUCGUACCAUAAUCAUGUGGCAAAAACUUACAGACCUCUGGCAGAAGAUGUCUGUCACCGUCUUUUCGAAGAUUUGUGAAACCGUUUGGAUGGCUUGGGCCUUUUUCGUUGUCGGCAUCAAUUAUGCCAUCCUGGGCCCCACCCUGCUGGAUCUGCAGCUGAUCCUGAAGCAGGACCUGGCAAGUCUCUCCACCAUACCCCUGAGCAGCGGCAUUGGGGAGACAUUGGGGAUGUUCCUGGCGAUGGCACUCUCUAAAUACGGACAGAAACGUCUUCAGCUGGGCAUUUCCCUACUGCUGGCGUCAGUUGUGAUUACUUGUAUUCCUCUCGCACCAAGUUACAUCUACGUAGAUGUCAUGUUCGCCUUGGUGGGAUUCAUUUCAGCAAUACCUUCGUGUUUUCUGAUGGAUGUGUGCAGUGAGCUGUGGAAGGACAGGGGUACAGCGUUUCAGUUCAUCCUAGUCGGCAGUUCCCUGGGCGCCAUUCUCACUCCUCUGAUAGUGGAACCGUUCUUAUGUCAGGAUGAUGUGUCAAAAGUUACAAACUUUACCAGAUUUCUACCCACGGGAGUAGCUUCUGUAAACGGUUCAUGUUCAAUGGAUGAUCUGGCUCUGGUUGAGAACAUGUGUGUGAAUGUCACUCGACAUUUUGAAGCCAAUGAUUCUAAACAAACACAAGGACAUUUUCUUGUUGACCAUGUGAGUGUAGAUCACUCCUGUCCGUGUACCGCCCUGCUGUCUCUGUCGUAUAGAUCCACUGACAGCUGCAAAUCGAACUUGACAAGGGAGGUUGAUGAGGGAGGAGAUUAUUGCAAUUGGCAAACGGCUUGCAGCAACCUACAGCAUAAAGACUAUAACACAACGGAGGAAGAUGUACAGUAUCUUAUUUUUGUGUGUUGCCCGUUACUAAGUGCGUUAGGUGAAUGCCGUACUAAUUACGGAGCUGCGCACAAUGGAACAGAGUCCUGUACCGAAAGUGACACUAAUGUGCGCAGUGCUUAUGUCGCCAUGGGGUUUGUUUUGUUGCCAAGUUCAUUCGCAUUUUUCUACUUUUGGUGGAAGAGGGACUCAAGCUGGGCCUCUGCGGCGAUAACAGACAGCCCGGGACAGGAUUACAGUCAAUUUGAUGUACCCCCCAUUGGAAAAUUUCAAGCUGUGAUAUUUUACACCUUAUUGUUUUUAUCUUAUCUUCCUCUUACUGCAUUGACAAUAGUAUUUGCUACUUACCUGACAGCUUUUGGUGUUGAUGGACAUUUACAGCUCCCAAAGUCUACAAUGGUGUACAUGACAUCUGUGUUCUGGAUCUCCACUCUGCUGGGUCGAAUCGUCAGCACAGCAUUGACACCACUGUUAGGACAUGCUAAAAUAAUCAUCGGUAAUUUUGUAGGUUUAGUUGUGGCGUCAGUUCUACUCAUAGUCGUGGCGCCGUAUUACGAGUCCAUGUUGUGGUUGAGCACUGUUCUGUUAGGGGUGUUUGCCUGUCCCUAUGAGGGUGCGGGGAUAGCAUGGGCCGCUGACUAUGUCGGAAUGUCUCCACAACUUGUAGCCCUUUCAUGGAUAUCUGCGUCCGCAGGGAACCUAGCCUUUCCGUUUGUAGGAGGAAUAAUGUUUACAGACGUUGGGCCAUCCGCGUUUUUGUAUCUACUCGGUGGUCUAAGUGUUUUCAUGGUUUUAAUGUUCGCUCUUUUAAACGUCCAGGUGCGGUGUUAAGGUUUCAAAAAAUAACUUCCUUCAUAUUUCACCUCAGUUUAUUUGUUUAACGCCACCGAAAUGCCUCAGCAAUGUGACGGCGGCCUAUAAAUAAUCGAAUCUUGACAAGACCAAACCAUUCAACGUCCCAUUAAUGAAAUCGCCUUUUAGACAAGUAUAGGUUUCUGAGGACUUAGUCUAACCCGGAAUUCUACCCAUGCUGGUCGUAAUAGGAUCGGGUGGUCAUGAGUUUGUUGAUUGCCUGUCAUCGUACACCGACUGCGUCGACCCUCACAGACUCACGGAAUCAAUCACUGGAUGUCUAAUCCACACUCAAUUACAUACAAACCUCUGUCAUAUACCUGGAAUAUGGCUGAGUCAGGCGUUUACAGCAACAAAAUUGUUUUAUAGAUUGAAUAUUUUCUUGAUUUGCGUCUGUAUGAACAAUCUUUAUGAAUGAUCUUUAUCAAGCUACUUGCAUAUAUGAUCAUGAAGAGAAUGUUAACGGUGUCUACCCUGAUUUAUCUAUGGGUUUGGCAUAUUUA